AUGCUUCGGCUUCGAGGGAAAGUUGAUACACCUCAACAGUUUUUUUCGCCUCGGAAUAACGGUAAUCAUACACAGCACUGCCAAUUAUGUGAAGGGUUAUUCACCGAAGAUCUAUAUACGAGACUCAGAUCGAGCGGUCAAGGCCUAACUGAGAUCCAGUCAUCUCAUGAGCUCCUAGCUAGGGAUAUACACGAUGGCAUGCUCAAAGGUUGUAAUAUGUGUGCGAUUCUUGGGAACUCGGUAUUGACUGCCACGAGAAAUGAACUACCUUAUCAUGACGAGGAAACGUUCCGCCGCUAUAUACCGUGGUAUCAGAGCCAAAAGCCAAUAACGACAACUUCCAUCAGACAAGACAUAUCGCAAGAUAAUGACGGCGACAAUGAUUUUCAUAAAGGCUUAGCUUAUGCAUACUUUGCGGGGCUGUCACCAGAGUCCACGUCUGGUGGGCUACAACCAUACAAAUCAACGGAAAUAGAGCCCGAAUUGACCUUCAGCUCACUUGGCUGUGAUGCAAAAAUAUUCCUUAAGAUGAUAGUUAUCAAGGGGGACUAUUUGUCUGGAUUCGACCUCAUCACUAUUGAUAUUGAGGCUAGACCAAGUGAAAAUUGUCCCAAACCAUGGAUAUUCAUCACUCCUUACGGUGCAACACUCUGGUUGGAAGUAAUAUCUAACAGUAACGGGGUCUUCGCCGCGGAGUGGAAAUCUCUCUCCGCAACUGAGAUAUUAUGGCCGGAUAAUUACGUAACUCUUAGUUACGUAUGGGGUACAAAGCAGGACUACGUCUUAACCCAAGGAACCCUACGGGCUAAACUUGACGGCCUUGAUGUUCAAAAAAUUCCUAAGUCGGUUGGGGACGCCAUGGAAGUUAGUAAGCGGCUUGGCUUUCCUUAUCUAUGGGUUGAUGCCUUGUGUAUUAUACAAGACUCCCCUGAAGACAAGCUUAAGGAACUACCGUUGAUGGCGAAGAUUUACCAGCAUGGUGCCGUGACUAUUUCAGCCGCCAGCUCUCCAGCAGCUUCCGGUGGCUUCUUAAAACCGCCAAUUCCUCCCGUUUUUAAGGUACAGCCAUUCCAGAUAACUAUUGGUAGGGGAGUACCUCAGUUUCCGCAUGUGAACUUGAGCCUAGGCUUUCGAGAGGAAAGGCCAGAUUUCAAAGAUCCUAUUGAUUCUCGCGGAUGGACUUUACAAGAAUGGGUCCUUUCUUCGUGUCGCCUGCGAUUCACUUCUAGGGGGGUUCAAUGGACAUGUAAUAAGCUGAUUGCAGACCCAAGCAGCCUUUCGGGCGAGGAAUACCGAGAUCCCCCAAUACAGUUCAGCCCGGAUGGAUAUACACAAACAUACUUUGGAGAGGCAUCAGCCAUUAUUUCUGCUGUAGACUCAAACACCCGGCUUUCCCAUAAGUAUGUUGUCGAUGAAGCAUAUAAGAGGAAAGAGAUGUCAACAAGAUGGAUAGAGAUACGAUCUCAGUAUGCACAACGAUCUCUCUCGUUUCCGGGAGACAAACUCGCAGCGAUUUCAGCAGUCGCGUCGAUGGCAGCUGAAGAACAUAAUAUGACUUAUCUCGCGGGAUUAUGGAAAGAAGCGUUACUGGUUGACCUCCAAUGGUAUUACAUAUUCCGUUCCGAACCGACUAACCGUCUUUCGGCUGUUUCCACGUCUACGGAAUCUCACGACGAAUAUGCCGCUCCAUCCUGGAGUUGGGCUAGCGUUAAAUAUGAUAAUGGCACUCUCUACCCGAAACAGUCAAGAAAAUGGACAACUGACCGCCCCUGGAAUUUUAAAAUAUUAGACUGUGCCGUAACCCCGGUUGAUGGUAGCGAUUUCAGCUUCGGGCCGGUAAAGUCAGGUUAUCUCGUCGCUGAAGGUAGAGUUUUAGAUGUCGAAUGGGAACCAUGGAUUGAGAAUACAGUGGCCUUAAAUAAAGUUAUGUUAUAUGAUUCUCCUCGAAGAAAGGCAACUGAAAGGUAG